AUGGAACACCCAGACUCAGCAGGGCAGGAAGUCUUUCAGACAGAUGCUGAUAAUGUGUGGGUCGAGGCGAUUCCUCUCACCACGCUGGCUGAUAAAAACUUGCUGUCUUUGCGGGAUGAAUUUGUCGUGAGGGAUGGAGAUGUCAUUACACUCUCUUACCCGAAGUCAGGAACCAAUUGGUUACUGGAGAUCAUCAGUCUGAUUCACUCCAAAGGAGAUCCCAGCUGGGUCCAAUCUGUUUCAAGCUGGGAACGUUCACCGUGGCUGGAAUAUUUGGUAGGGCAGAAGCAAAUAGAAGAUCACCCAUCCGAAAAAUGCCCACGAUUCUACAGCUCCCAUCUCCCCAUUCAACUCUUCCCCAAGUCAUUCUUCAAUUCCAAAGCCAAGGCUAUUUACAUAAUCAGAAAUCCCAGAGAUAUCAUUACUUCUGGUUAUUUUUUCUGGGGAGCCUCGAAGAUUUUCAAAACUCCAGAGUCAUUUGAACAAUUCUUCCAAUGGUUCCUUCAAGGAAAUGUGCCUUAUGGAUCAUGGUUUGACCACAUUCGUGGCUGGCUGACAAUGAGAGGAAAAGAGAAUUUCCUGAUAGUGGCAUACGAGGAUUUGCAUCAGGACCUAAGAGCCAGCACUGAGGUGAUCAGUCAGUUCUUGGGCAAGAAGCUAACCCCAGAAGAAGUGGACUCAGUCCUGAAGAACACAUCCUUCCAGGCCAUGAAGGAAAACAGUAUGAGAGAGUCAUUCCAAAUACCAAAAAACGUACUGGAUAACAGCAAAGGACAAUUGAUGAGAAAAGUGCUGAAUUUGUUGGAGGAAAUUAUUUUGUGGACAAGAAUCGUGCUUCUCAAAUUUGGCUUGUGUGGCAGAUGCCAUCAGUAA